AUGAAAGCCAAAGAACUCUGGGCAAGCCGGUUUAGAUUUCCGACUGCUAUUGGAGCACUAGACUGCUCACAUGUGAAAAUAGAGAAACCCAACUUACAUGGGGAAGAAUACAUAAACCGCAAAGGAGAAGUAACUUUGAACGUACAAGCUACGUGCAAUGCAAUGUACGUAUUCACCAGCGUGGAUGUGAGCUGGCCGGGUUCGGUACAUGACAGUCGAAUCUGGAAAAAUUCCGACGUGAGAGAAGUAAUGCGACGUACACAGAACAUCUUUCUCAUUGCUGAUCAGGGAUACGGAAUUGAACCUUGGCUUAUGACUCCUUAUCGAGAACCUGUCAACAUAGACGUGAAGAAGGCAUACAAUAAACUAUUGUCAAAGGAAAGGGUAGUAAUCGAGCAGUGUUUUGGACAGAUAAAACGGCGCUUUCCGAUACUGAAAUAUUGUUUUCGCGUGAAAUUGACUAAUGUUCUAGAUAUAAUUGUAGCUUGUAUCAUUUUACACAACAUUGCUAAGGCCUUGCAGGAUCCAGAUUUUGAGGGUAGUGAUGAAGAUCAACACGGCGCGAUGUUGUUAGUGGGCAUGAGGAAGAUAAUGACGACUUACGUGUCCGCAGUCAGGAAGUGCGUGAAGUUUUAG